AUUCCAGGUCACCGCCGUCAUAAAACGGGUAAGUCACCGAGGUUAGCCUUACAUACUUACAGGUCGCCGUAGCCGUAGCUUUCAGAGAAGUGCGUCUACAGAGGAGCGAACUACGUCGGUGAAGCGCAAUUUUCUAACCAUUCCCAGGGGUACAGGGGAGACAGUUCGUUCAAGGAUUAAUCUUCCCGAGAACAAAAAAGCUUAGCCCGUGGGGGCAUGUAAAAUAUAUUUCUUCUGGUUGACACACCAAACUUUACUUACCCAUUCAACGUAUCCUAAAAAAAAGUUUGAGUCGAUAUGAGGUCGACUACUCAGUCUGCGCUCAAGGCGCUCGCGCUUGUCGCUAUAGCGGGAGCUAUUCCUACGAUUCUUGCCCACGGUCACGACGAUGAAGGCGCAAUGGAUAUGGACGCGACUAUGGAUAUGAGCAAAGAGGAACCCAAGCCAGACCCAGAAUCGUAUCCGCCCACGUACUUUUCGCACUCGGAACACGUAGUCGAAAUCUAUGCGCAUAUAGCUCUAAUGGUGAUCAGUUGGGUAGUCAUGCUGCCAACAGCUGUCAUGUUCUCGAUUGCGCGAUCCCGGUAUACGCUCCCGCUCCAGUUUCUGUUCCUCGUUACGAAUGCGCUCGGCGUCGUACUAGGUAUUACCUACAAUGCGAACACACCCGAUCUAUAUCCAAACAACGCGCACCACAAGCUUGGCUGGAUAGUCACUUGGGUAGUUAGCGCGCAAGUAUUUAUCAGUCUCGUCGGCCGCGUCGCGGGUGUCUUGGGCAGCAAGGGAACAGAAGGAGUUAGCAAGGAGGAAGAGCAGGCAUUCAUUCCGGUUUCGACAGAGGCUAUGGCUGAACACCAGCGCAUUAAUGACAGGAUGUACCCUCAUCCAUAUCGCCACUCUAACGAUAGUGGGCAAGGUACUGAACCGGGUACCGAAUCUUUGAGGAGCAACUCGGUAUCGACUGCGCUGGGCCAAGAAUCACCUAUUGAGACGAGCGACCGACGAAUCCACUACGACGAUCUCGAUGACAUUCAUUUCCAGUCCGCGGAAGUGCUAGACUCAAACAAGGCCAACUCAUUUAUCGCUAAAUUUGCCAGCAAGAUCUCCUCUAGAGCAUGGAAGGUUUUGAUGUUUGCCUACAACUUCGUCGACAGGACCAUUCUCAUUCUAGGUUACAUCGCCUUAUGCACUGGUGUAAUCACUUUCGGACGGUUCUUUGAGGGUCAUAGUAUUUUCAGCGGCUUAGCCCACUGGAUUAAGGGUGGCAUCUUUUUCUGGUACGGUUUAUUGACUCUCGGAAGGUGGUCGGGAAGUUUCGGUGAGCUUGGUUGGGCAUGGAACGUUCGUCCGAAACAAAGCUCGCAGAAAUGGAGACCUACCGCGGAAUUCGUUGAGGGUGCGCUCAUCUUCACUUACGGUUCGACUAACAUCUUCCUCGAGCAUCUUGGCAACGCCGGCAAGGAGUUCAGCCCUCAGGACCUUGAACACAUCUCCAUCACCGUCCUCUUCAUCGGCGGUGGCCUCCUUGCGAUGCUUAUUGAGUCAACACGGAUCCGCGAGCUUCUGAAUACUACAGUGUACGAUGCGGCUGUCUCUCAUCCUAGCCAUGCGUACAGUGACGAGGAACGUGAAGCCCUGCAACCGCCUAAAGAAUAUGAAUUUUCCGUCAACCCGAUCCCGGCACUUGUCAUCUUCCUUCUUGGUAUCAUGAUGAGCUCGCACACGCAGCAUAAUAUGGUUUCCAGCAUGGUUCACAAGCAGUGGGGUAACCUCUUAACCGGCGCUUCUUUCGCUCGAGGAUUUACAUACGUGCUCGUUUAUCUCAAGCCACCUCGCUCGAUUCUACCUUCUCGCCCUCCGACUGAGCUGAUCACUGCAUUUGGACUAAUCGCUGGGGGUACUAUCUUCAUGGCGAGCGCCAACGAUACUGUUGAGGGAAUGAUCCACUACGACUUGGAUGCCAUGUUCUUCUACACCGUUACCAUGGGAUUAGUCGGUCUGGUUAUGGCCUGGGAAGUUAUUCUCCUAGCCCUCAAGGGCUGGGCCGUCCGAAAGGAAUCCAGCCGAACCCUGAAAUCCUGGGACUUGGCCUCUCGCGUUUAAGCGGUCCGGUCAAACACCUUCGGAGAAAUUCAAAGCAGAUUAUAAACAUGGAAAAGGAAACGGCCUGGUCAGUCCCGGGCAGC